AUGAACAAAUUGAACUUCCAUAACAACAGAGUCAUGCAGGACCGCCGGAGUGUGUGUAUUUUCCUUCCCAAUGAUGAAUCUCUGAACAUCAUCAUAAAUGUUAAAAUUUUAUGUCAUCAGUUGCUGGUCCAGGUGUGUGACUUGCUCAGGCUAAAAGACUGCCACCUGUUUGGACUCAGUGUCAUACAAAAUAAUGAACAUGUGUAUAUGGAGUUAUCACAAAAGCUUUAUAAAUAUUGUCCAAAAGAAUGGAAGAAAGAGGCCAGCAAGGUACGACAAUACGAAGUCACUUGGGGUAUUGACCAGUUUGGACCUCCUAUGAUCAUCCACUUCCGGGUGCAGUACUAUGUGGAAAAUGGCAGAUUGAUCAGUGACAGAGCAGCAAGAUACUAUUAUUACUGGCACCUGAGAAAACAAGUUCUUCAUUCUCAGUGUGUGCUCCGAGAGGAGGCCUACUUCCUGCUGGCAGCCUUUGCCCUGCAGGCUGAUCUUGGGAACUUCAAAAGGAAUAAGCACUAUGGAAAAUAUUUUGAGCCAGAGGCUUACUUCCCAUCUUGGGUUGUUUCCAAGAGGGGGAAGGACUACAUCCUGAAGCACAUUCCAAACAUGCACAAAGAUCAGUUUGCACUAACUGCUUCCGAGGCUCAUCUUAAAUAUAUCAAAGAGGCUGUCCGACUGGAUGAUGUUGCUGUUCAUUACUACAGAUUGUAUAAGGAUAAGAGGGAAAUUGAAGCUUCAUUGACCCUAGGAUUGACUAUGCGGGGAAUACAGAUUUUUCAGAAUUUAGAUGAAGAAAAACAAUUACUUUAUGAUUUCCCCUGGACAAAUGUUGGAAAGUUGGUGUUUGUGGGUAAGAAAUUUGAGAUUUUGCCAGAUGGCCUGCCCUCAGCCAGGAAGCUCAUCUACUACACAGGGUGCCCCAUGCGCUCCAGACACCUCCUGCAACUCCUGAGCAACAGCCACCGUCUCUACAUGAAUCUGCAGCCUGUCCUGCGCCACAUCCGGAAGCUGGAGGAAAACGAAGAGAAGAAGCAGUACCGGGAAUCUUACAUCAGCGACAACCUGGACCUUGACAUGGACCAGCUGGAAAAGCGGUCACGAGCCAGUGGGAGCAGUGCAGGCAGCAUGAAGCACAAGCGCCUGUCUCGUCACUCCACUGCCAGCCACAGCAGUUCCCACACUUCAGGCAUUGAGGCAGACACCAAGCCCCGGGACGCAGGACCAGAGGACAGCUACUCAGGCAGCGCCAUCCAUCGCAAGCUGAAAACCUGCAGCUCCAUGACCAGCCAUGGCAGCUCCCACACCUCAGGGGUAGAGAGCGGUGGCAAAGACCGCCUAGAGGAGGACUCGCAGGAUGAUGAAAUAGAGAUGUUGGUUGAUGAUCCCAGAGACCUGGAGCAGAUGAAUGAAGAGUCCCUGGAAGUCAGCCCAGACAUGUGCAUCUAUAUCACAGAGGACAUGCUUAUGUCACGGAAGAUGAAUGGACACUCUGGGUUGAUUGUGAAAGAAAUUGGAUCUUCCACCUCCAGCUCCUCAGAAACAGUGGUCAAACUUCGUGGCCAAAGUACUGAUUCUCUUCCACAGACUAUAUGUCGAAAACCAAAGACCUCCACUGAUCGACACAGCUUGAGCCUUGAUGACGUCAGACUUUACCAGAAAGACUUCUUGCGCCUCGCAGGUCUGUGUCAGGACACUGCUCAGAGUUACACUUUUGGAUGUGGCCAUGAACUAGAUGAGGAAGGCCUCUACUGCAACAGCUGCUUAGCUCAGCAAUGCAUCAAUAUCCAAGAUGCUUUCCCAGUCAAAAGAACCAGCAAGUACUUCUCUCUGGAUCUCACACAUGAUGAAGUUCCAGAGUUUGUUGUAUAAGGUCCAUCUGGGUGCAUCCGUACAGGCAGCCUGCUGUUUGCUAAAGGCCGUGAAAGCCAUGGGUUCUUUUUUUAACUGUUACUUGUGCCAUAUUUUCUUCAUCCCAAACAUAGCUCUUUCUUUAUAAUAUUUGCAAUGGAAAUAAAAGCCUUGGGACAAUUGCACUUUAAGUAUUACACAGAGGCAAAAGAACUGCAGAGAACGAACAGCAAGACGAGUGCCAAGGAAGUUCACUGGUCCUUUGGAAUGAAAUAGGCUUUACUGGUUAUCAAGCCUUCAGAAUAUUGGGCCAUUGUGUAUGUUUAUUCAUUUGUGUAUUUUUUCAGUUCAGUUACACAUAAUGUCACAUUGUUUAUCAUGUGAAAGACGUUAGGCUUAUUUGUUUGCUUAUAAUUUUUCUUUACUACUCCCUCAUGAAAUGCUCAUGGUUUGAGGGAGGAGAGGAAAUUUCUCUCUUCUUUUAAAAGAGAGACUAUUGCCUAGUAUAUAGCCAUUGCUGCCUCACUGAGGCUGCCCCAAAGUGAACAUUAACGAAGUGGUCAAAAUCGUGUGGUUCUAGCAAGCCAAAGAUAUGUACUUUCAAGAAGCGCGAGCCCAGAGUCGAGAAGACGUGAAUUCAGCAAUAACCAAAAGUCUAUGCCCGCUGUGAUGCCUUGUGACUCCUGCAAGCUGGGUCAGUGCCAUGUGCCACUCUUUGCUCCUCCAGAAAGCUCUAGGACUCAGCUGAGUUUCUUAUCCAAGAAACAGAUCGAAUGUGUUCUUAACAUAGAGCAUUCUAUGGAGUUUACAAAACUGGUUUCUGUUAAAACUAUGGUGAUGUCUUAGAAAAUGUGCUUAGUGGUGGUGUUGGAGUUCUUUUUUUGUUUGUUUUUUAAUUAUCAGUAACAAAUUAUGGUGAUACUGGUUUCUGGUCAACGAAAGUACUCAAACUAUAUGCAUAUGUUAUACAUAUAUAAAUACAUGGGAUUGUGUUUAUAUGUGUUUAGAGCUUACUAAGUCACUUCAUUUUGGCUUCCAUGACUGUUUUGUGUUCAUGGUCUCCCUUGUUUAAUAUUUAGGAUGCAUCAUUGAAUGUAUCAUAAAUAUUCAUACCUACAGACUAUCAGUUGCUAUACGUAAAGUUAAGAAUGACUGUUUUCUCAGGUGUUUUUGCUGUGAUUCUCAACCCUGGUUGCAUAAUAGAAUUAUUGGGGAACUUUUGAAAAAUUACAAUGCCUGGGUCCCACUCCAGACUAAUUAAAUCAGUCUCUGGUAGUAGAACCCAGAUAGAAUUGACUUUUCUCUUUUAAAGUUCUGAAAUGAUCUAAUAUACAACAGGAUUGGAAACCACUGAUCCAAAGGGUACCUUUUCAUUAAUUUUUAAGUAAAAGUAUACAGACAAUGUUAGUGUACCAGAAAGGGCCAUUUUUAAGACAGUUAACUGCCAUGCUGCUGUGAUGAUACAUAAUGACACCAAGUCAGGAGAGUGAACUUUAUUAGCCUUUUGAUGUACAGUAAAAAUGUUGCUUGUGCUUCAGGAGAGAACUUCAUAGCACAAUGUCUUUCUAUGAGAUAUUUUUAAUGAUUUAGUAUUUUACAUUUGUUUACCAUAUUUUGAUACACCGUUUUUUCUAUCUUCCAGGUUUUAUUGAAAAAAAAAGCUAUAUAUUAUUUUCUAAAGAAGCAGUCAUAUUUUUAUACAAAAUUAUGUUUUCAGGGAACAAAGAAAUAGAUUUAGGGCACAGCCGAACAUAGCAGUGUUACCCAUGGAUGGGAGUCAGUAUUAUAAAACAAAUGUUGACCACCAAACGUGCUCCCCCAUGCUGGCCCUCCGUGCCCAUGAGCAGACCUGACGUGGUCAGUGUGUGUACAGCAUAUCCUUAUCAGAUUAGUUAACCUGAAACUUUGAAAGAAAAAAAAGUUCUAUAGAAUUCUGUAGUCGUGGAAUUAUUUUGCUUCCAUCAGAUGCUUUAAAAGAACCAAAGUUCCAGAAUCAGAAAGUAAGAAAGCAUUUCAGUCUCUAUAUGAAAGGAUCAUCUAAUGACUAUUUUACUUGUAAGUCAUUAAAUAAUCCAUUCUUCCUUACAGAUGCAAUUACUGGUAAAGUUUGAACUCCGAAGGGCCCAGGUUAUAAUGUGGUGCAUUACCUUAGCACUUAGUAUUUCUUGCAAACGUAAGGGGAAAACAUAUUUAAUUUUAAACAGCUUGUGCUUUAUUCUUUAUUUUUCUCUCUACUUCAGCCAGAAUCAGUUCUUCAGGGUUUCGCCAGCACUGUUGGUAGUUUUGCACAUGCUCUUUCUAAUUGGAUUUAUGAGUAGUCCUGUGGGUUUUCAAAAUGAAACAUGCUAGGAAACAUCUUUGCUUUUUGAUCCACUAUUUGCAGCAGAAUUAUAUAUAUGUAUAUGAAAAUCCAUUUUGAGUAAUCUACCUUUUUGUAUUUGGAAAUUGUUUUAAAAAAUAAAAAAGGAAAAGAAAAGUAUAAAGCCGUUAUUUAUUCUGCAUUUGUUACAUAACCAUUGCUAGUCAGUAUACCAGUUGGGUAUAUAUUGCUUCUAUACAUUUACAUUUGUAUUUGCAACAGUGAGCUUUAUAUCCUCAUAAAUUGUAAAUAAUCCUUUCUGUGAAAGGAUCAUCAUAUCAGGAUGGUACCAAAAGUGUGUAAAAAUCUGCAUUAUUUUGUAAUUAUUUCUUAUAGGCAGUUCAUGGUAAGAAUAGCAGUCAAUAAAGUUAC